AUGGCCAGGCGAUGGAUCCUCGACGACCAGCAAGGUUAUGACGUAUCUCUUCGAUAUGAGGACAAUAUUCCGCUACCGUCCAAAGAAUCACUAGGAUCAAAUGAAGUUCUAGUCAAACUGCACGCAGCUAGUCUCAAUUAUCGGGAUGUCGUUAUUGCUGGAUCAUCUAACAUUGGUUCAAUUAAGCCGCCUAUGACCCCCCUCUGUGAUGGAGCUGGCUCAGUUGAAGCUGUUGGAUCUCAUGUGAAGACUUUCAAGCCUGGCGAUCGAGUCAUCACUUUCCCGGCACCAGAUGUUGUGGACCAGAGAGGAAGCGAAGGCCAAUCAGGUAUGGCUGACGUCCCGACCAUGCUUGGCUUGGGCACUCAGGGAACUCUUCGAAGCCAUGGCGUGUUCUCUGAGAGUGCUCUUGUUCAUGCACCCAAGUCACUCAACUGGUUUCAAGCCGCUACCCUUCCAGUCACCUGGCUGACAGCUUGGAACGCGCUCUCGGAUCUGAAGAGCGGCCAGGUUGGAUCGAAAACCUGGAUUCUCGUCCAAGGUACCGGAGGUGUUAGCGUUGCAAUGCUUCAACUCGCUUCGGCCCUUGGCCUGACUGUUGUGGCCACGACUUCGUCCGAGGAGAAAGCGGCGAAGCUGAAGGACCUUGGCGCAGCCCAUGUCAUCAACUACCGCGAAAACCCCGCCGAUUGGGGCAAGCAGGCAAGGGCAUUGACACCAAAUGGCAGAGGAUUUGACAUGAUUGUCGAUAUCGGAGGUAAUGAGACCCUCCGUCACUCCCUUGCAGCCGUACGCCCUUACGGGUCCAUUCAGAUCGUUGGAGCUGUUGGCCAAGACACCGAACCAGUUUCUAUGAUGGAGGCCUUGAUGUGUACUUGUACUAUACGGGGUUUCUUGAUGGGCAGCCAAGACCAGUUCAACGAACUCGUUGAGUUCAUCGAUCAGAAGAAGCUUCAACCUUGUUUUGACGACAUGGUAUUUGAGUUGGCGGAAGCUAAAAGCGCUUACAAGAGGCUGGGUGAACGCAAGCACUUUGCCAAGGUUAUCGUUCGCGUUGAUCACCCAGAGAAAUAG